AUAAAGUUUUCCAUUUGUAAGAAGGAAAAAGAUGUUUGAACAUGCCGUCGAGCACAUAUUUAUACAGUUGUUAGUCAAUAAUCAAGAAGGGUACCUCAUUCUCGUUCAUUAAUCAACAUCUGAUUUGUUACACAACAUUUGAUGUUGCAGUAUCAGCAAAUGUGUGAGAACAAUAUACAAUGUGUCCGAUUGCUUGCAGUGUUUGAAAAAAUACAUAAACUGAGUCAUUGAGACACAAUUUAAUAGCGCAGUUCAAAGUGCAACAUAAUCAUGGGUAGAAAAAAGAAGCAUUUUAUUCAAAGUGUUCAACUACAGCUUGAAUUUACACCUUUUGCAUGUGGUCUAUGUGAAGACAAAUUUAAAAAUAUCAGAGAGUUUUAUAAACAUUUUGCUUUGCAUAGAGAGGUUACUGUUGAACAUUUUCAUCUGUGUAAAGACAGUUUUAAUGAAAGUGUUAAGGAAGAAAUUGAUAACCCCAGUCCGUUUGUAUGCGACGGUUGUUAUGUUGCAUUUCCAACGGUUUGUCAACUUCAUAAACAUAUGGAAAGUAGCUCUGAGAUUGAGGAAUAUAAGAUAGUCAUUGAAAGUAGGAGGGCGUAUUCUUUGCCUUCUCUCUGUGCAGACGCAACCACAAAGAAUAUAGAGAUAUCUUUACAAACACCACCGAAAAGUGAUUUAACAUUUGCUUCUUCAAAUCUAACAGAUGCAGAAUCAGAUACAGGCUCUGUCAAACUCGAAGUCGUUUCAGAUAUAUAUGAAGAGUUUGGCAAAACCUCACCAGAGGUAAAUAUAGACUCUCGUUUUCUUGAAUGUGAAGAAAUCAAAGACAUUGGUAGUGGUUCAGAUACUGCAAGUUUUGAAGAUGCCAAGCUAGAAAUACUGUCAACUGGUGGUGUAAAAGGUACAACGUUAGACCAUGAUAUAUGCAAUGGAGAACGUGGUUUUACAAGUGGAGAAUCCACAUUUGGUAGUGGACUUAAUGUCGAUAAAGACAAUUUCAAUAAUGCUGCCGAAAAUAAUGUUCAAAUGAACAUCAUACAAGUUUCAGCGGAUGAGCAGGAAAUUGGAAAAAAUGAAAAUGAUGUUACAGAGAAACAUGAAACGUCUUCAUGCGCUAAUGAUGGAACACCUGCUGCGGAAGAAAAAGUCAUUGUUAAUAAUAGCAACAAGUUGAAGGAAUAUAAUGAUAAUGAGAAAGGCUCGUGUUCUUCAGAAAUCAGCGAGUCAAUGUCCAUUGAUAUAAUGGUUGCUACUAAAGAAGAAAUCAAAGAGCAAUUAAAACAAGAAAAAGGCAGAAGUGAAGAAAUUGGAAGGAAGCGAAGAUUGGUCAGACAUAGCAGACGCUCAAAAUUGCACGGAAGAAGACCAAAAAGGGGAAUUGCGCUGGUACCACGUGAAUAUAUUAGACCUGCAACUCAUAAAUUAUGUGGUGUUUGCAACAAACGCAUUCGACUCACAGAAUACGAUGAGCAUAUGAAAACUGAACAUCUUCAAGAGGAAGAUCUGAAUGACAUUCAUGAAAGUGAAGAAUAUGAUGAUCAAAGUGAAAAUGUUAUCAGACCACGACGGAAAAAGAAUAUCAAUUUUGCACAGUAUGCUGACAGUGAUGUUGAUUCGGGUGAUGAAGAUGCCGGGACAGUCUUUGAGCAGAACAAUGAACGUGAAAGAAAUUUUUUCCCAGUUGUAAAAAAGAAAAAUACAAGAACUAAAGGAAACCUAAAUAAGGACCCAACUAUCAAAUCAGAAUGCGUAGGUAAUGAGACAGAUGCCAGAAAUUUAGACCUUGGAGACGAUAUUAAUAAAACCUUAAUAGAAGAAAGUAAGGACGGCGACAGUAAUGUUGGCUUAUCCGGUCUAGAUGCUGUUUUAGAGAAAGCUAACCAUUCGUUAAAUAAGGGAGAUAAAAAUGUUCAAUUUCGAGUGUGUGGAAUAAGUUACGUCAUAACACCUCACAGAUUAUUGGUAUACUGUCCACAUUGUGGUCUAAAAUUUGGUGUUAAAUCAUUCAAGUCGCAUCUAAGACAGUUUCAUUAUUCUUUAUAUGAUAGUGACAGAGAACUAAGAUUACAGUUAGACACUGUGAGACGGAAGAGCAGGUUAAUAAAAGUAGAUCGUGUGGAUAAGGUUACUUCAAAACCGAAGACUAAAAGUAGACAAACUCCUGAAAAAAUAAUAUCGGUUUUCAUGACAAAGAAACAGAAAGAAGCUUUCCGCAGGAAUGAGAUUUAUAGAAAAAACAUAGACUAUGAUUGGGACUGCAUACCGAAGAAGUCGAGGAAGAAGCCACAGACGUUUGAACAAUACUAUCGACCUUGCCCAAUCUGUGGUGUCAGAUUUAGAAACAAUACGAUACCUGAGCAUUUAGAGUAUCAUAAAACUGAGGAAGGGAAAAGGAAGUACAGUCCACAGAAUCUGAUCAAAUGUAAGCAUUGUAGCAGAGUGUGCAUGAAAUCGACAUUUGCCAUUCACAAAUGUCACAGAGACUUACUUAAAAAGAAGCGAGCGGAAGAAGAACGAAAGACAAGAGUUAAGCCAGGCCCGAAAAGAAUUAGACAAAUAUUUGAUGAUGUUUAUUUUGCGGAUAAGCCUACAACAGUAUCGCAUUCCAGUAAGAUGAUAUGUGAAGUUUGCGGAAAGGUCUUGGGCAAAGGACUCUCUUCUCUAAGGGAUCAUAUGAUAGAAGCACAUUCUGACGAGUUUCCAUAUCCUUGUGGUCAAUGUGAAAAGAGGUUCAAACAGCAAAAACGUCUGGAUUAUCACGUUAAGCUCUAUCAUAGUGGAAAAAGUUUCCACUGUGACCAGUGCACGAUGUCUUUUAUAAGCCAAGGCCGCCUGAAUGCACAUUAUGUGGUACACAACGAUGAGCGAAACAUUCCAUGCCCACAGUGCGAGAAGACGUUCCGCCGUAUGGCAAAUCUAAGACUCCAUAAGCGGUCUUUCCAUGACAACGCUGCUCCUUUAUUCCCAUGUGAUCUCUGUGAGAAGACUUUCACUAGGAAGUCCAACUUGAAAAUCCACACUAAUAAACAUCACCUUGGAAUUAAGUCCUGGAUUUGUUGUUGGUCUGGGUGCGAGUAUAGGACAACAGAAGCUGGAUACUUGAGAAGGCACAUGUGUGUACAUACAGGGGAGAAACCAAUGCCUUGUGAUCAUUGCGAGCAAAGAUUUGUACAGAGACCAGAACUCUUGAAGCAUUUGAAAAGUAAACACAAGAUAUACGAAUUACCUCGCUCUAAGAAAUCUCCAUUGACCGUGAAGGCAUAUGAAAAGUAUAUCUAUGUUGUUAACCCAGAGGAAAAAGGUGAACGUCAACUGAAAUCCAUAAUGUUUCAAGCUGCAAAUGAAACAAGUGAAUGCAGUUUCAUAAAUUCAACUUUGCAAGUUCAGAGUAACGCAAAAACGCACCAUCAAGAUGAAAAUGUGAGAAGUGAUUUCAAUACAAACUCCGAAAAGGGAUCAUAAAUAUUUUAAGCCCGUUUUAGUGACUUGUUGGUAGAUAUUAAGUUGAACUGAGUUUUUGGUUUCAAAUGUAUAGUACCUAGUUUCACAGUGACUUAAGUCUACCGUUCACAAUUGCACCAGGUAUGCCAUGAUGGCUAUAGAAGUCACACCGCAGCGGUAUAUUAAUCUCUAGGUUAUGAAUAUCUGUAUCUUGUCUUCGUAAACAAAGUCGUUAGCAUGCAUUGAUCCAACAAUGUCUGAAAAAUUGUGCACCUGAAGGAAAACAUGUUUUAUAUUUUCAUACCGGCUUUAUAACAACUUCCAUUGUGAACAAUAUUUACCUUGUCUUUUUGCUCAUACGUCUGCCAUAUACAUAUAUAAAGCAGUUUUGUGGAUCAUUAGUUUGCAAGCGUAGGGAAACGUUUUGCUGUCGCUAAAUAUAUAGUCAGUAUAGAAAAGCUCUCAAACAUUGUACUAUCACUCCUAUUUCUUGUUAGAAGUUCGAUAGUGCAUUCAGAAAUUUACAAUAUAUGUAGACAAAAGUUAACAAAAUGGCUUUUUGUUAUCUGAUAAUGUUUCCUGACUGUUGAAGUAUGACCCCGACAUACAGUGUUAAACUAUAACCCCGACGUGCAAUGCAUUCAAUCGAACCACUGUCUUAAAAAGCCUGAUAACAAAACGACUUGACAGUUUCGUGAAAAUCGGGUAUAUUUGAAACGGUUUAAGCAAAGAUGAAAUAGUUAUUGGUCAAUGUAACUUUAGUGAGAAAAUGUGGUUUCCAUGUCUCCUCAAUUCUUAGUGGCGGGUAAACUUCAACCUAUACGACAUCGAAAUAUAUUUGCUACUAUUUUAUUCUAGUUAUAAAUAUUUCGUGAAUUGUUGAGAUCCAUGUGUGAUAAAUAUUGUUAAAAAUAAACUUAACUAGUUUCCAAA